GUUUGUUUGUGUUCGUUAAUGUGUCUGUGCAUCUCUCUCACUCUCUCCCUCACUCCACAGAGUUGUUAUGUUAUGUCAUAACAAGAAACAUAUCUUGACCAUAAUGUUUGCUUACUUGUCCCUAUAUUAUCCUUCAUCUUAAUGAUAAUGGAGUCAAUAUUUCCAUAUUGGGUUGCUGUGUAAAGUUAACCUUUGCAGGAGAACAAGCAUAAAUACAGUAUUGACAUAAAGUAUGCAAAAGCAUUUCACCCUGAAGAGUAGGAGCGACAUGUACAAUCAGACCAGGGACAGUGGCCUAUUUGCACAUUGUCUCUGAAGCAGAAGCAUUCACGUCAGCCAUGAAGUGGUGCAUCAUUUGUCUGCUGCCUCUCAUGGCUUUAGCACUGGCCUCUCGUGAGUACCACUAUAUCGCUGACCCCAAGACAUGGACCGAAGCCCAGACCUACUGCAGAGAGAAGUACACUGACCUGGCCACCAUCAGGGACAAAGAAGAGAUGCAGAUCUUAAAUGAGCUCAGCCUUUUCAGUGGAGGUGCCUGGAUAGGCCUGUUCAACAAACUGCAGAACUGGCCGAGUAAAUUCACCGCCGAUAAGGACAAAAACAGCUGUUUGUACUUCUGGAUACACGGGGGUAUUUGGACACCAUGCCUUUGCAAUUUGACGGUUGCCUUCGUCUGUCAUGAUGUGAAUCAAUAUGCCCCCCAUGGCUUCAACCUGACUUUGGAUAAAAAAAAUUGGACAGAAGCUCAGAGGGAGUGCCAACAGAAACACACCCGCCUGGCCACUCUCAGGAAUCAAGAAGAGAAAGAUUACCUGAAGAGCAUCAUACCAUCUGGUCACUAUGGCGUGCAUAUGGACCCAUAUGGGGAUGGCUGGACAUGGUCUGAUGACAGCACGCCCUUCUUUUUCAACUGGUUGGACCCAGCGCAGAAGCACCUGAACUCCAGCAAGAGGUGUGUUGCGUCCCUGCAGACUCCUGGCAGUCAGGGUAGAUGGGAGACACAGAGCUGCACUGAGAGACUCCCUUUCAUCUGCUAUGGAUCAGAGAGCCUGACUACCACCAGCACCCCAAAGCCUCAAGGUCUACAGUCAGUACUCUUGAAUGUUUUAGUGCCAGUGAAGAGAACACAGAUCGUGAGAGUGGAGCUCCAAGUUAACUCCUCCCUGAACUUGAACAUCCCUGAGGUUCAGGAAGUCCUCCUACAUCAGAUCAAAGUGAAACUGCAGGAGAACGGGCUGCCAGCAGAUGUCAAACUCAGCUGGAUCGAGCAGGCAGAUGGACAGAUUUUCCACAAGAAGAAGGAUGAAAAGAGAAAGAAAGAAGAGGAGAUGAGUUUUGAAUUUCACACUGACUUACUAAAUGCUGUUUUAACAGGGAGAGCUGAUUUUAAGUUUAUCAGCAAUGAAACAACUUGGAGUAACGCUCAACAUUACUGCAGAGAGCACCACACAGACCUGGCCAGUGUGAGGAACCUUAGUGAGAACCAAAGGGUUCAGAACUUGGUACCUUCAGGAACCGAUGCAUGGAUUGGCCUGUUCAGAGAUGUCUGGAAGUGGUCAGAUGGAAAUAACUCAUCAUACAGAUAUUGGAAAGAUAAUGAGCCAAAUAAUUAUGGAAAUCGAGAGGAGAACUGUGGCAAUACCUGGAUGCCUUUUAAUGGCAAAUGGAAUGAUUUUCCAUGUUCCAGCCAACGGCCGUUUUUCUGUUAUAUUGAGCCAGUGAUGAAGAGGCAGAUUGUGAGAGUGGAGCUCCAAGUUAACUCCACCCUGGACUUGAGUAACACUGUGGUUCAUGAUAAAAUCCUAAAUCAGAUCAGAAUGAAACUGCAGGAGAAUGGGCUGCCACCAAACACCAAACUGAGCUGGAUAAAGCAGCCUGAUGGACAGAUUUUCCACAAGAAGAAGGAUGAGAAGAAGAGACAGAGUGCAAAUAAGAAGAGGAAGAGCAAAGAUGAGUUUUGA